UUCCCACGCCUAGGCAUCUCCGUAGCUGUUACAUCGUUGAUCCCUCUCCCUUAUUUCCAAUUUUCUCCUUUUUGGUAGUUAACCAAGAAACAAAACCCGAAACGCCAGUUAGAAACCGAAAUCUCCCAAUCUAAAUCCCACCUGGGAACUGCCCUUAAUCUGAACUCCUCCAAAAACCCAGAUCAAAUCCUCAAUCAGAUUUCCACCAUGGCAACACACCAUCCAUUAAAAGCGGUGACUUUAACCCAUGUAAGGUAUCAAAGAGGUGACCAACUAGGCCAUUUCUUAGCCUGGGUUUCUUUAGUCCCCGUUUUCAUUUCCCUUGGUGGCUUUGUUUCUCAUUUUAUCUUCCGUAGAGAGCUUCAAGGAAUGUUCUUUGCGUUAGGCCUGAUAGUAUCUCAGUUCAUUAAUGAGCUCAUAAAAAAAUCUGUUCAACAAGCCAGGCCUGAAACUUGUGCUCUUUUAGAAAUGUGUGAUUCUCAUGGUUGGCCUUCGAGUCACUCUCAGUACAUGUUCUUUUUUGCAGUUUAUUUCACCCUUUUAACUUGUAAAGGGAUUGGUGGGAUUUGGAAUGUUAGAAUCAAGUGGGCUGCUUUGUUUUUGCCUUGGUCUUUGGCUGUUUUGACAAUGUAUUCCAGGGUUUAUUUGGGCUACCAUACUGUCGCUCAGGUUUUUGCUGGAGCUGCUUUGGGGAUUUUUCUUGGGGGGGUUUGGUUUUGGCUGGUGAAUUCUAAGCUUUUCUGUUAUUUUCCUCUCAUUGAGGAGAGUGCCUUUGGGAGGUAUUUUUAUGCUAAGGAUACUUCUCAUAUAUCAGAUGUCUUGAAGUUUGAGUAUGAUAAUGCCAGGGCUGCUAGAAAAGGUAUGGCUGCCAGAAAAGCUACGGCUUCCAAGAGCAGUUGAUCAAUAGGAACUCAUCGGACCAGUAUCUUCACCUCUGUGUUUCAAGAUUCUGCUUCUAUGCCUAUAAAUAAUUCAAUUAUUAAGUGAAUGCUGUUCUCAUUAUACGGCACUUUAUGGAUCAUGUCCUAUUAAAACUACUGCACAAGAAGCCAGAUGAGACCAUUGGUGUUGAGGAUGCUGUAUAACCAUACAUUAAUAGCAUGCUGCUGUUUUUUUUAUUGUGGUGCCAUAGUGAAAGAACCAACAUAUUGAUCACACAUCAUUUCCUUAUAUUUUACUACAUUUUGAUUACAAUCAUUCUGUGUAACAGGUGCUAGCUUGCAUCUAAUGAAGAUUUUCACUACAUUUUAUUUGCUAUUGAUGCUCAAAAUAUGGAGUUUAUUUCUAUCUUUAUUGAAUUCACUACGGUUUUCUUGUUGA